AUGUAUUGUCAGAAAUGUCGACAGCUUAUUCGUUUUGAUAGCUCCCUCGAGAAUAUCAAUCCAGCGUCCUUUGACCUGCUCGUUGCAUCCACUGGCAAGUCCCAAUUCAACAAUGUAACCUCCACCAUUUCUCACAUGAACUAUCCACAAGAAAGAAAGGAGCUGUAUGACCGCGUCUCCCUGCAAGCGAACUCUCCGGUUUACAAAAGAUCUAUUGUGGGGCCUAAAGAGGAGGCUCUUUCUCGCAGGCAUGAGCAACCAAAUGGCAACCCUGAUAUGUCGUUCAUCGAAAUCACACAAUCACAAGUUACUUUAACCGAGAAAGAACAACAGAAUCGAAGGAUACAAAGCCCCAGUGCAAGAACCAAUGGCUCUGAUGUUGCUCCCGUGGAAGACGACAGCAUGUCUGCUAGGAAAAAUCAGAUUGAAGAUCUGUUUGCUAUCCUUUCGUCCCAUUCUGACAUUGAUCAUCCCAUGUGCCAAGAAUGCACUUCGAUAAUGCUGUCGCAAUAUACCACACGCCUGGGCAGUGCUAACAGGGAACGAGAUGCCUAUGCGGGCUUUCUCAAGUCUACGCAAAAUCUCUCCUCUGAAGUUCGGCAACCCGCAGAGACGAAAGGAGCUGGAGGGACUAUUUACGAGCAACUGGAAGCUACUGAGGCCGAAAUCAGAGUUGUGGAAGAUGAGAUUGCGGCCUUGGAAGAGCAGUUACAACAUGAAGAAUUGGAGCAACAGGCUUACUGGAAUUCACGAAAUUCAAUCGACGACAAUCUGUACAACACGACCACGCAUCUAUCAUUUCUAAGGGAGAAGCAAAUCCAUGAUUUCCGUCAGCUUGAACGUCUGCGACGCACGAAUGUAUACAACGACACCUUUUGCAUUGGCCACGACGGGUAUUUUGGCACGAUAAACGGGCUCCGUCUAGGCCGGCUACCUAGUCAAAAUGUUGACUGGUCUGAGAUCAAUGCUGCAUGGGGUCAAACUUUGUUGCUCCUGGCUACCGUUGCAGAAAGACUGAAGUUCACAUUUCAAGGUUAUCGACUGCGUCCCCAAGGCAGCACCUCUCGCAUAGAAAAGCUUGAGUAUCCCCAACAGCCUCCAGACAUGCAGAGACAACAAAGUGCCCGUGAAGGGGGUUUGCAAUCAGCUGCUGCAAACCCCGAACCCAAAGUCACCCCUCUUGACCUGUUCAGCAGCGGAGACAUGGCAAUUGGCCGUCUCCUGAAUCAUCGGCGGUUUGACAGUGGGAUGGUGGCAUUCCUCGAUUGCUUAGGGCAGCUGGGAAAAUAUGUCGAGAAGACUUCCAGCCUCGAUAUCAAUCCAAAACCGACCAUGAGAAAUGCGACACUAAGGAACACACCGUCCAAAAGGGUGUUACCAUAUGCAAUUCAAGGUGAUAAAAUAGGGGACGUUUCAAUCAAGCUAGGAGUUGGUUUUCAUCAGGAUGAAAACUUCACCAAAGCAUGUAAAUAUGCCCUGACUUGCUGCAAGUUCCUGCUGGCCCAUGUCAGCAACCUAGAAAGUCAGAAGGAAGCAUGA